AUGCCCCCGCCAUCGCAGUUGUUGCGGUCGUGCUCUUGCUCCUGGUGGGAGCGGUGUGUCUCUCGAUGUGGCACUUCCCUCGGAAGAGGUCCCCCCCCUGCCCCCCAAGCCCGGGAUGGUGAUGGGUUCCGGCUCGGCCCUAUGGCCGACGGGGCACGCCCCCCCAAUACAACCAACUCCGCCCCGGCCGACCCCCUGCUUGGGCCCGAUGAGGCCCCUGUUGCUCCCCCUCCCAUCCACUACUGGUGGCACGUCUGGGAUUUUUUGGAUGUUGCCAAGCUGGCCUCGGUCAGCCAAGUCUUCCGAAACGUCGCCCACUGGAUCGACCAGAUGUUCUAG